UGUGUGUGUACCUGUGAAGUGAUUCAAGUUGUGAAGUACCCUGUUUAAAUGUAAAGCAUUUGUGGAAUAUGGGACAUUUUGUUGUUCAAGUGGAUUUGCCAUGGAUUCUCUGUUCACUUCGACUUGUCAUUAUGAUAAUUGCUGGUAAAGUUUCUCCUACCAGUUCAGAUGCCCUCUUCAGUGUUCUGGUUCCUAGUACCACCUCCAGCCCGCCAGAAGUUUACCUCCCUGCCAACUUUAAGCUCUCCAACACACAGUUGGCCUUCUUUCUCCAAGAGAACCGAGUUCAACCAUAUGGAAGUCAACGUGGACACCCUCUUCAGCGUUCAGAAAGCUUUGUGGUCUUCCAGACCAAGGAGCUGCCUGCAAUCAACAUCUCACUUGGACCUUUUACCCAAGACCAGACGUUGUCCAAGGACCUACUGCAGCCGUCAAGUCCUUUGGACAUUCCUGGAAGGCUGACAGUCAACUGGAAGGUCCGGGCUUUUAUUGUACAGUCUAGAGUUUUUGCUAGUAACCCACUGGUUCAGGUGCUGUUCUAUAUCGCAGGACGGGACUGGGAUGACUUCAAGAUUCAGGACAAGCUUCCAUGUGUGAGGCUGCAUGCUUUUAGAGAUGUUCGGGAGAUCAAAACUUCCUGCAGGCUUCAAGGGAAUCUGGCGCAGUGCUUGGCCCAACUGGAUCUCCCUUCCACUUGGUUUAAUGUUAAUGUAGCACCAUUGGGUCGCAGAAAGUCCUCAGGGACAGAUGGGCUUGAGUUGAGUGGAGAGACCCUUCAAGUAGAGCUUUACUAUACCCUCCAUGAUCCAGACAGCAAUGAUGAAUGUGGGGAGAGCUACCCACGCCGGGGAGGGGCGUCCAGAGGGGAGAGCUCAUCCCAACAACCCCUUCUCCGUAUUGGGAGCAUCAGUUUGUACCAGCCCAGUCAGGAACAACUGGUGGUAGACAAACAGCUUGACAAGAACCUCUUUCUGAGGCUACCAGAAAGGCCAUUAAAACCAGGAGAGACCCUCAACAUCUACCUGCUCCUGGUCCCAAAUUCUACUGUGGAGCAGUUUACACUAAAGUAA